AUGUCAGGCGCAUCAGCCUCUUCUUCUUCUUCUUCCCGACGUCGUCCUUCCCUCCCAUCAGAUUCUAGCGAAACUAUCGUAUCAACCUUGGAUAAACCUGCUCGAAUCAGCUCGUCUGCUUUGACUAAACAUGGAAAGUAUGUAGUGCUGGGUGCAUUGGGAUGCUGGUAUGUUGAUUUGAUAGGGAAUAUCAAAGGUGUAUUGGAUGAGGAAGGUGGUUGGGUCAGGAAGGUCAUGAUUGUCGGAUUGAUAUCACAUGGAGCUACUAUCUUGAUCUUCCUCUACCUCGUGUUGUUCCUACCAUGGUUUAGAGGAUACAUCCCGAAUUAUCCGAAAUGGCAAUCUUCCGCUCGACUUUCGGUAAUUGUACCACUCCUAACCACCGCGAUCUUACUGGGCUGGACAUCGAUGGUCGUCUCCCUCUCGCAAGCUGGGAAGAGGAGCAUACUGGAGUCUGCCGUGGAUGCUGUCAAAGCUGUAGGAAAUGCGAAUCUUGAGCAGAUGGAAGGUGGAAGAGGAUUGGGAGUUGUGAAGUCGAUGGCUGGCACUACCGCUCUGUUCACUCUUACAUUGGGUAUACUGGGAUUCAUACCUGCCCCUUCUAAUGUGCCUGUACGAGAGAAGAGGACGUAG